AUGGCUAGUUAUCGACUUACAAUACUAUUGAAAAUGCUGAGCGCUGGAAAAUAUCAAGUCGAAGAACUCUCAUCAAAUCUCUUUGGUAAUCGGCGACAAAAAGUGCUAGCGAGGUUUAGGAAAGGUACGACAAGAGUGCUUAUUUCAAGUGAUGUCUUGUCUCGUGGGAUUGAUGUCGAGGAUAUCGACGUUGUAAUUAAUUAUGAUAAACCACUUAACGAAAGAUUAUUUGUCCAUCGCAUAGGGCGAACGGCGAGAUGCGGCAAGAAGGGCAAAGCUGUCUUCCUCAUUUCAACUAAAGAAAAAAAAGAUUUCCAAACUACCCUCCAAAAAAUUUCCUUCACUGGAAAGAUUAAAGAAAGAAAUUUCGAGGGUGCGAAAGAUGCUGAAACAGAAGAGCUAUAUAAACAAGCAUUAACAAAACUUAAAGAAGCUUUGCAAAAUACACAAAAGGGGACUAUCAGGAAGAAUGGAAUUUUCAAAAACAGGCGGAAAAAAGUUGCGAAAUUAUGAAAUUAGUUUAUAUUCCAUAAUUUUUUCCAGGACUUUAAAUUUCAAGAUUGUUAACGUGAUCAGUUGUUGUUUUUGUUCCUUGCACUGUUCAAUAAAUUACUCCC